AUGCCGCCGACGACCACCGCGGAAGAACAUAAACGUAAGCGGCGGGAUGCUGAUGAUGAUGGGGGUGAAGCACAGGUUCAGGAUGGUGUUGUUGUGGGUGAAGAAGCACGUAAGGAGCAGAUUUGGCGUUGUGGGGCUUGUCAGCUUGACAUGACGGAGGAAUCCUCCUUUGUCCAUCAUAUGCAUUUACAUCUAUCUGCCGUUUCGAGGCUUAAUAGUGCCCAGGAGGUGAGGAAGCUGAUGCAACAACAAAAAGCCAAGGGAUCAAAGGAAGAAGGCCAUGGAAAAUGGAAGGUGUAUACGGGGGGAUCUUACUCCAAAGAGCCAAUAAUAUGUGGCACUGGGUCUGGUGCACGACAUGCUGUAUCUCGCGUGGAAUCCGAGUUUCGCUACCAUAUGACUAUUGGAGAAGCUGCAAAGUCGGCAAAAAAAGCAAUCUGUUGGGCUGCAUAUGGAGCUUCGGAAUGUGGCGAUUACGUGAGCGUUUACCACGUAGCUAGGUAUAGGUGGAGUAAGGUCAUCUCCGGCGACAAUAUGAUUGAGUGGCAAAAGGCCCAUAUCCGACGCGACAAAGAUGGUGAAUUCCCCAUGGUGACCAUGUAA